AUGCAGAGGCGGGAUUCUGGGGACCGCUCCACCCGCGCUUCUAGCGGGAUUACGUCUCUCGGUGACGUACUCGUUCCUGCCAAAGACCACCUGACGUCCCAGGUUCUUCGAUCAAGCAGCAUACAAGCACCCUUGACACACGAACUCCAGCGACUAGGUUAUUUCAAUUAUGACGCAAAGGAGUGGGUCGGUCGGAAUCACAAGUACAAGCAGGAAGUCGUCCGAUAUGGCCACUUCGCUCUUGCACUUGAGGCAGAGGUGAACAAGCUCGAGCAACAGUUUGAAGCAGAAUCAAACGAGUUCCGCUUUCUGUGUGAGCAAGUUGAAGCUGCUCAACGGGAGUAUGCGAAUCUGGAGGCUCUCUACAAACAAGAACAGCGGGAUAAAGAAGAAGCCGAAAGAGCCCUCCUAAUGGCCCGGCGACGGAGAGAUUCGCAGCAGAAAAAGCAUGAAACAUUGAAGAAGGAAGUCGGCGAAUUAAUCACCAACCUGUGCAAAACGCAAGACGAAGCUGAAAAAAAGUAUAUUAAGUACCUGGAGACGUGGACAGAGAAACAGAGGGUUAUCCAGGACAGGCAAAGGAUUGAAGCGGAGAGGCAAGCCCUUGAGAAAAAGACCGAAAACAGCCUUCGGGAAGUUCAGAGACUGGAGGAGAUUGACAUUAUCGGGUUGCUGCGGGCGACAAAGACAAGGCCUGGCGAGGAAGACUGGUUUGCCGCACGCACACGUGCGCUGCCCAAGACGAAGCCACCUACAUGGGCGAAAACGAGGUCCCCCUCUUGA